AUUGCCACCACCAUCACCACACCCAACACAAAUACGACAAUGCCGAAGCCAAAGGGGAAGCGACCAACUGCUGAAAAGAAGUUCGACGGCGGUGGUAGCCGAAUUAAAGCUGUGAACACCUGGGAUGAAAUGGAACAUGAUUCAGAGGAUGAAUUUCACGACAGCCGCGGCUCUAUUCUUUUGGAUCACGAACAGGAUCUAGAGCGUCGUCAGUACGAUGAGUAUGAGGGCAGCGAAGAGGAAGUUUUUGGUUUAGAAGGCGAUGAAGACGACGAGGAGGAUCUCAGCGACCUGGAUGCCGACCUUGAUCGUAAAGAUGAUGAGGAAGAGUUGGAUCUCGAUAAGACAUCCUGGGGUAAAACCAAGCGCAGUUACUAUAACGCCGAUGAAAUCGAGUCUGAUGACGAAACUGCCAAGGCAGAAGAGGAGGAAGCCCUGAGGCUGCAAAAGAAGCGCCUGGCCGAAAUGUCAGAGGAGGAUUUCGCUCCUGAAGAGGAAGAGACUGCCUGGGGAGCUGCUGCUGGACGUGGUGCAUUAGGCGACAAAGAUGCAGACCGUGCACUAGUGGAGGGCUUUGAGAAGGAGUUGCAGGGGAUUGAUUUGUUGAAGGCCAAACAAGGAGGUGUUGUUGUCGAAAAGAUUGCAAAGGCUGGCAUCAGCAAACUGUCCAAACAGGAGAUCUUGAAGGUGCUUCAGAACCAGAGCCCAGAAUUGCUUGAUUUGGUGGAGGAAUUCAAGGAGAAGAUCGAGAUAUUGCAAGCUAUCGCAGAAUUACUUCAGCUUACCAGCUCACUCUCUAAGCCCUACCCUGACGACAAGGCGCCGAUGCCCUUCCUUCACCUGAAAUACCAGACCCUGAUCAGUUACCUCACCAAUAUCGCCUUUUAUAUCACACUCAAGACGACACCGGAGACAGACUCUACGGAUCUCACAAAUCAUCCUGUCAUCGAUGCACUGUACGAGCUGAAGAAGGCGAUUGUCAAGUUAGAGAAGAUGGAAAAGAAGAAGGCGAUCGCUGAUAGCAUGGAGGAACUCUUAGAGGUCUUGGAGAAUGGUGGCGAAUCAGACGCAGAUACGGAUGAGGAGGACGAGGAAGAGAUACGGCGUUUGAUGGAGAAAAAAGCCAAUGCACGGAAAGUUUCCGUGAAGGGUAAGAAACUCCAGAAUGAGGCUAACAGCAAGACAGCAAGGAAGACCGCUAAGUCAAAGGAAUUCGAAUAUAACGUGGAUUUCGAGGAAGAAUUCGUAUCACACAGCAAAAAGUCCAAGAAGGACGCCAAGUCAAUAUCGACUGACAAGAAGCGCCGGAUGGAAAGUGAUUAUGGCGAUCUGGAUGAGUUGCUGGAUGUGGAUCUGGAGGACAAGGCACAAAAGAAGCGAUCCCUUCGAGAUUAUGUCGCUAAGCUGGAUCAAAACGCCAACAAGCGAUCCAAAAUUCUUAAAGGCUCCGGUGACACCGAUAUCCCAUACCGCGAGAAGUUCAAGGAUCGUCAAGAGCAAAUGAAGAGACAGGCAGUCAAGAGUGCACCCGCACCCGAGAACACAGAGCUGGACGACCUGGAGUGGGACGCCAAGGAUAUGGCCGACGCACGUCGUGUGGGCAGCGGAGACAAUGAUGAUAUCUUUAGCGACGGUGAAAUGCCUGGGCGUGGUGGACGUGGUGGACGUGGCCAGGAGGAGCGGGAGGGUGUGGACUAUUACCAGGAGGUGAUUAAUGCCAAGGAGGCCAAGAAGGCUGCCCGCAAGGCUUUGAACGAAAGUUUGGAGAAGAGCACGUCAUUCGAAGAUACCAGCAUCGAUCCCAGCGACAAGCGCUCGAUUUCAUGGCAAAUCCUCAAGAACAAGGGUCUCACUCCUCAUCGGAAGAAAGAGCAGCGCAACCCAAGAGUCAAGCACAGGAACAAGUACGAGGCGGCCAAGAAGAAGAUCAAGUCCGUCAAGCGUGUCUUCACCAGACUGGAGGGUGCGUACGGAGGAGAGAAGACUGGUAUCAAGACCGGUCUCGCACGCAGUGUCAAGUUCUCUUGAAAGAGCAAUUUCGCGUUCCAUUCAUAAUAAACCGCAUAGACAGCAUCGUAUUAUCAUCAUCGAUAUCAUUGAUUAGAC